UCUUCGAUCAUUCGGAACGACAAACGGUUCCAAUUCCACAUAAUAAAAAAAUCUAUUUUUUCUCUGAAGAGAAAAUGUGUUACGGUCACCAACGGCGAUCUCUCUCCCCGAACCGUCCGUCCCGCAACAACAAUGGACUGGUGGUGGAUACGCUUCGUGAACGGCUAGCCGAGACGGAGGCUCGGCUCGAGCGAGCCAGGGCUCGAGAGGCCGAACUCACUCGCAGGCUCGAAGAAAUGAAGCGUUUCGUUUCCGUCAUGGAAAUCCUCGAGUCUUACCUCAAACAACGGUUUCACGAGCAACAAGAAUACGUGGAGCGCAUCUUCUCUUCGCUUCCUGCUAAAUAAAACAAGAGAUUUCCCCUCGUCGAAUUUUACAAAAUAUCUUUUUGUUAAUAAUUCCUUUUACAAUGCUUUGUCUUUGUUGUUUUUUUGUGUAUGUAUGUGUUAUCUUGUUUAAUAGAUGGAAGGAAUUACAUUACUGCUGAUUUGAAAAUGUGAAAGGCUUGUUUCUUGCACUUAGGGUUUGAAGUGCUCUAAAUUUGUUGGGAUUUUAUGGAAAAUUAGUGAAUUUUUUACUUUUUGUAUUAAAUUGUUUGAUUCGAUGUUAAUUAUCAGUUGAAUGAGUUGUUCAAAUUGGUGCUCCUUCAUUGUGAGUAAUCCUUUUCGAUCUCAGUUUGUUGCUUAAUUGAUACUGAUUUGAGAAGCCUCAUAUAAGGCGGAAGUUUCUUGCAUUACAGGGCUAACUCGUAUUCUUUGAUUGAAUAUUUAAGUUGUGGUCUUUUAAGCAUUAGCUAAGUGAGAAGAAAAAGGAGAAAGACAACGUGGAUAGCGCGGUUAGGUGUUUGUUGCAUUUCAAUUUCUGGUUGUAUUGACUUGAACGGAUUCGUUGAAGGCAUAAGAGGUACAAGGCCAAGAUCUCAGCAUAAUACUCUUUGUAGUUUCUUAGGUGAGUGUGUUCAAGAAGUUGGUGUUUUGUCUUUGUGAUUAGUCCUUUUAAUCUCAUUUUAUUUGUUAAUUUAUAUUGAUUUGAGAAGCCUCGUUUUAAGUGGAAGUUUCUGGCAUUAGCAGGCUAAAUCAUAAUCUUCGACUAUGUGUUUAAGUUGUGAGCAUUCAACUGGAAAGUGUGCUGAUGUGUUUGUUGCAUUCUAGUUUGGGUUUGUAUCGAAUUGAACGGAGCCAUUGAAGGCAUAACACAUAAUAGUAACAUGUGUAAAAGAUCUCAGUAUAUUUGCAGUGUUUAUUGCAUUUUGGUUUCAGGUUGUAUUAAGUUGAACAGGAAUCAUUGAAGGCAUAAGAGUUUACCUGGAAAAAGAUUAUUUGCAGUAUUUGUUUAUUUUGUGAGCAUUCAGGUGGCAAGUGUGCCGAGGUGUUUGUUGCAUUCUAGUUUCAGGUUGUAUUGAGUUGAACAGAGUCAUGUAAGGCAUAGCACAUAAUAGUAACAUGUGUAAAAGAUAUCGGUAUAUUUGCAGUGUUUAUUGCAUUUUGGUUUCAGGUUUUAUUGAGUUGAAUGGGAGUCAUUGAAGUUGCAUGGUGAAG